CUUCAGCAGCAGAAGCGACAAAGACGCGCACCGGGGGCCCGAUGGAGAAAUCUAAAAACUUUCGCAUUGACGCGCUUUUAGCCGUCGAUACCCCCAAGGCGCAGACCUCUCCGCUCGCGCUCGUGACUUCCCUGUCCUCCUCCAUCCCGUCGUCUGGAAGUGUGGCAGCCACGGAGCUGACCAGCCGAGUCGACUCUUUACGCACCGAGACGCCGUCUCCGCCGAGGAUUUCCAACUGCGGGUUGAUUCCUAAACCGGGUUUCCUCAACAGUCCGCACAGCAUGGUUGGAUUACAUCCGCAGAGCCCCGCAGGGAUCCCCGCACAUGCUCUCUACGGCCACCCCAUGUACAGCUACUCCGCAGCAGCGCUUGCAGGCCAACACCCUGGCCUGUCCUACUCCUAUCCACACGGCUCCCAUCACCACCACAGUGAUCCCAUCAAACUGACAGCCAGCACCUUCCAGCUGGACCACUGGCUGCGGGUCUCCACCGCCGGGAUGAUGCUGCCCAAAAUGUCUGACUUUAAUUCUCAGGCUCAGUCUAACUUGCUUGGCAAGUGCAGAAGACCAAGAACUGCAUUCACAAGUCAGCAGCUGCUGGAGCUGGAGCAUCAAUUCAAGCUGAAUAAGUACCUGUCACGACCGAAGCGCUUUGAAGUGGCGACGUCCCUCAUGCUGACCGAAACUCAGGUUAAAAUCUGGUUCCAGAACAGACGCAUGAAGUGGAAGAGGAGUAAGAAGGCCAAAGAGCAGGCCGCCCAGGAGGCCGAGAAGCAGAAAGGCAACAAGGGCGGCCAGGAGAAAUCGGACGGACUCGAACAGUCGGACUAUAAGAGCAAGACGGACUCAAAAAAUGGCAGAAUAAGAGACUUUAGAGACAGUGACGACGACGAGGGCGAUAAUUUCCUGUACAACUCGUCAGACUGCUCCUCAGACGACGAGAGGAAUCACACCAGCGACACAAGCCCGCAGCCUUGAAGCUGAAGAAGGGCGAAAGGUGGCGAUCUCCAUUUGUAAUGACUGUGGGGGGGAUUUUUUGCUAUAAAAAUGCAGUUGCAUGUAAUCCAACGUCUAAAUCACCUCCCAUGGCAUUUUUUUUCCUUCUUCUUCAUGAAAAGAAUACAAUUUAGGUCAAGCAUAGAUGAUCUUGGUGUCACAAACAAGCAAUAAAGCAGGAGAUAUAUAAUGGGAGCAUCAUCCAGCACUAUAUGGACUGUGACAUGGUGCAUGGUUUAUAUGCAACCGCUGUAAACUGGCUCAGGACUUUGCAAUCAUUUGUCAGUAUGUAGCCAUACAGUAAAUAGCCC